CAGGAUCUGCUGCUUCCUCAGAUCUGCACUGAGGUUCAUCACGACCAGCAGCACCAUUAAACCAGUUCACUGAAGCCUGAGGAGCAACUGGGAGCUCUAAGAUUUACACCACAGUGAAAUGAAUCGGUUCGCGCUGCUCUCGGUUCUGUUCACCCUGAUCCCUGGAAGUUUGGCUGCGUGUUUCUGUACAGUUACAGGUAGUCUGGACGACUGCGCCUGCGAUGUGGAGACUAUCGACACCUUCAACAACCAGAAGCUCUUCUCCAAACUGCAGAACCUGCUCUCCUCAGAUUACUUCAGAUUCUACAAGGUGAAUCUGAACAACCCGUGUCCGUUCUGGACGGACAGUGGACACUGUGGACUGAGGGACUGUGCUGUUAAACCCUGCACUGCUAGUGAGGUGCCGGAGGGGCUGAAAUCCAGCUAUAAGUACUCAUUAGAGGCCAGCGAACACACAGAGGAGUGUGAAAUGGCAGAGAAGCUUGGAGCUGUUAACGGCUCUCUGAGUGAUGAAACCCGGCAGGCUCUAUUGGAGUGGAACAGGCAUGAUGACGAGGCAGACCGCUUCUGCAUGCAUGAUGACGAGGACUCUCCUCAGGCGCAGUAUGUGGAUCUGCUGCUGAAUCCGGAGAGAUAUACGGGGUAUAAGGGUCCUGAAGCCUGGCAGAUCUGGAACAGCAUCUACGAGGAGAACUGCUUUAAACCUUACACUGUUAAAAGACCACUGAACCCUCUGGUGUCGAGCGCUGGUGAGUAACACUGGAGGGGUUUCUACAGCUGGCUGGAGGAUCUGUGUGUGGAGAAACGAGCUUUUUUCAGGCUGGUUUCAGGACUACAUGCCAGUAUCAACGUCCACCUGAGCGCCCGCUACCUGCUGGACGAUAACUGGUUUGAGAGGAAGUGGGGUCACAACGUCUCCGAGUUCAAGCUGAGGUUUGAUGAUGAUCUGACGAAAGGGGAGGGGCCUAAGCGGCUGCGUAAUCUGUACUUCCUGUAUCUGAUAGAGCUGAGAGCUCUGGCUAAAGUCCAGCCGUUCUUCCAGCAGCCCUCCUUCAGUCUGUACACGGGUCAGCCCGAGCAGGACCGCGCCAAUAAACACCUGCUGCUGGAGCUCCUCCACCUGGCCAGGUCGUUUCCGCUGCACUUUGAUGAGACCACACUGUUCGCUGGAGACAAGAAAGAAGCGGCUCAACUAAAAAACGACUUCAGACAGACGUUUAGGAACAUCUCCCGGAUCAUGGACUGUGUGGGCUGCUUUAAGUGCAGACUGUGGGGUAAACUGCAGACGCAGGGUUUGGGUACAGCUCUGAAGAUCCUGUUCUCUGAGAAGCAGAUCGAGACUCUGCCUCAAUCCAGCAGCUCCAGACCCUCAUUCCAGCUCAGCCGGCAGGAGAUCGUCUCACUUUUUAACGCCUUUGGGAGAGUUUCGACGAGUAUCAGAGAGCUGGAGAACUUCAGGACGCUGUUAUCUGAACUUAAACAAGAGCUUUAACCCGCAGCAGGUCCAGAUUCCUGUUAUUGCACUAUUCCUCACUGUGGACCACUGACCUAAAUCCUGCCACCAGAACCACCAUGAGAACCAUGAUGAGAACCACGGAAACCACCAGAACUGCCACAAUUGUCAGAACUGUACACUGUACACUAAAACUUGAAGCCCCUCAAAGAGUCAAGCACUUUAAUUUAUAUACAGCUCUGGAAAAAAAUGAGGAGAUCACUUCAGUUUCUGAAUCAGUUUCUCUGAUUUUGCUAUUUAUAGGUUUACGUUUGAGUAAAAUGAACAUUGUUGUUUUAUUCUAUAAACUACAGACAACAUUUCUUCCAAAUUCCAAAUAAAAAUAUCGUCAUUUAGAGCAUUUAAGUGCAUAAACCAUAAAAGCCAUAAUAUAAAUAAGAAAUCAUGGUGAUCAUGUCUCAGGGAUCCAAAUUAAACUUAAAUCAUGUGUUUGUUUUUCUGUAGUUUUCUGUCUGAUACUUCUAGGUUAGACAAACUGUAUAGAAUCCAGGUAAAAAUCCACAUUCAACCCUAAUAAAAAAGUCUAAAAAAUCUCUUUACUUAAUUACCUUAACCCUAAAAAAAAAAACCUUAAAUCCUAAAAAAUUAAAUAAAAAACACUUUUUGCAAUUCAAGUCAAGUCAAUUUUUUUAUUUAGAUACAUUUUUAUAACAUUCCUGGGGGUGUGAUAUAUGUAUAUGUGUUUUUGAUGUGUUUCUAUAAUGUAAAUCUGACUGUUGUUCUUUAUAUCUUUAUACUGAAUCAGAACUUGUCAGCUUGUCACUGUUUCAGAUCUCCAUGAUAAAUGGGCCAAUAGAAAUGCUUUAUAAUGACUUGGAAUAAAAAUGUUUUACAUUGACUUUCAUUGAAAGAUAA